CAACCAGCCAAGCAAACAAACAGACGUGAGUAUCACUGGCUUUGUUAGUCACUCUGGCCAAGUAAAUACUCAUCCAAUCAGGCAGCAAACAAACAUUAAGCUUAACAAACGAAGAUAUCACGGAGCACCCCGACCGACAAAGAAAGAAGAAGAAGAAGAAAUGAGAAAAAGUUCAACAACGGGAGAAAAAUAAUAAUAACAACAAAGCGCCAAUCAGUUUACGGUUUGUUGUUGUUGAUGUUGUCGUCGUUGCUGCAGCUGAUGUUAUUGUGGUGCUUCUAUUGAAGCUUACGCUGCUGUUGUUAUUGUUUUUUUGCAUUCGAUGCAAUAAAGACGUGCAACAAGUGAAUUCUUUUCAUUUUCAAACGUCAGGGAAUAGUCGCCGAGAACGACGCGUUGCGAACGCCCGUAAAUAUAUAGAAAAGAAAAUUCGAGCGAGCGAACGAACGAACGGAUUGUAAGGCAGUGAGUGAAACUAUAGGUUUCACAUUGUUUGAGCAACAACAAUAACAAGAUCAGAGAAUGGAUACAAAGUAACGAUCAGCUAAUGAGAAAUACUGAAUUGUUAAUUCAGACAACAACUAAUUGCUAUUGUAAAUAUAACUUAAUCAUGAUGAUGACAAUGAUUUGAAAAACGACAACAACAGCAACAACAAUAUCAUCAUCGGCAGCAGCUUUAAUCGAUCAACAAUAAACAAUUUAAAGUCAAACACAACAAAAGUUUUAACCUCAACGCGAGAGAUCAACGACAACAACAACAACGGCGACAGAUACCCCCCAGUCUAAACGAACAAAUUCUCAGACUCAAGCUCAGACUACUUUACAGAAAUUAACAUAAUUUGUCGUGCAAGUGGCACUCCAUAAAAUAAACAGACGGAACGAAAGUACAAUCCACAGCAGGGGGUCUCAAUUUAUGGUAAUAAAAGUCAAAAUUGAAAUUGAAUGCGACAUCUUCGAAGUGCAGCAGAGCCACAGAAAUCAGAGACAUAAAUGAUCAUCCGACAGAGUUCCUAGAAAAAAAAGUUGUGGAGACCGUGUCCUAACAUUGAUAUACCAUGAAAUCGUUCUAUACCGAAGCCAAAAAUCAAUUAAGCAACUGUACUCGCAUUAUAUCGGAUACAACAGCAUCAGUGCCGCCAUCACCACCAGCCUCAACAACACCCACCUCCAACUACAACUACAACCACAAACAUGAACUUGAACACGAUGAGUAUGGUUAUGACACAGAUGUCAAUGCAACCGAGGUAGCUAUGGUGGGGGAGUGUGGGGAAGAUGAUGACACUCUAACACCCGGCUGUCCCCCAUCCACACUGGGUCUGAACAAUAAUUUUAUUGCAUCGACCACAACGGCGUACGACACACUGCAGCGACCUUUCAAAUAUGACAAAUUGCGGGGUCGCUGGUCGACAGCAGCUGAUUUUUAUUUUUCCUGUACCAGCCAUGCAUUCGGAUCCAUUGUCUUUUCAGAAUUGGCGCUGUACGUUUCCAUGUUUGCGGGAGCAUAUGCACUGCUGCCAUAUCUGUUUGGUGUUCUGCUGUAUGCCAUACCCAUAUUUGGUAUACAAACAUUUUUGGGACAAUUUUCAUCAUCCGGAACGAUAUCGGUGUUUCGUGUAGCGCCCAUAUUUAAAGGUAUUGGCUAUUCAAUUUUACUACACAAUUUUGUUUCACUGUCAUACUAUGCGGUAAUCGCUGCGGUUCCUUUAAUUUAUGCCGUUAACUCUCUACAACCUGUGAUACCAUGGAUGAGUUGCAACAACUCAUGGAAUACUCCAAAUUGUUCGACACAUAGCACCUACGAUGAUUAUGAUGAAGAUGAAAUUUUUCCACAUUCCUCGGAAGAAUUCUUUCGGUACAUCAUACGUUCCGAUGACAACUCCAGCAAUCCUUUAACGAUCUCAUGGCCCAUUUUGGGUGGUGUUCUAAUAGUAUGGCUACUAACACUAGCAAUAAGCUUAAAAGGUGUAUCCUUCAUAGGAAAAUUCAUGCGCUGUGUAUGUUUGCUGUUGAUAACCCUAUUCGUCGCCAUAUUCGUACAUUUGCUAAUGUAUGUUCACAUUUCAUGGGAUUCAUUGAUCGACUAUAUGGAACCAACACUGCCCGACAGUCAUUUGGCCAUAAUGGCGGGUAUUAAGGCAGCUGUCCUAAUGCCCAUUUGGUUAUUGGGGCCAGGAUGUGGCAGUGUACUUACACUGGCUAGUCACAAUCGUUUUCGCCAAGACUCGGAGAAGCAGACAUAUUGGGUAGCUUUGACUUUUGUCAUUAUCACACAAAUGGGAACACUGUGCACACGCAUUGCCAUGGAUCAUUUUGAGGAUCACGUAGCUCUGUUACAUGUCCAUGUCAACGAGGAACACAAUAUGAGAUUUGUCUACAUCUGUUUUGCUUAUCUAUUUGGCAGCUUUAAUAGUAUACCUAAUUUUUGGGCAUUUUUAUUCUUUUUUAUGCUCUUCCUGGCAGAAUUAUCGGCUGUGAUCGUCCAAAUUAUGACCGUUCAGCGAGCCCUGUUUGAUGAAUUCGAAAAUUUGCGACGAAAAACAUCGCUACUAACAAUUGGUUUGGUCACAACAAUGUUUCUGAUAUCCGUGUAUUUUUGUACAAAGCAAGGUUUCCAACAUUUACAUAUCUUGCCCGACAUUGUCACAGUCACACAUUUAAUUAUAUCGAUGCUGCUCUUGUUCGUCAGCACAUGGAUCUAUGGCCGAGAACGAUUCCAAUGUGAUUUGCAAUUUAUGCUUGGCAAGACGAUAUCAAAUUUCAAAAUAUUUCUGUUACGCUUUUUGACGCCCAUCUUUUUGGGUUUUUGCAUUGGCGAUGUCAUCUAUGCAACCUACUCCUAUACCGACGACAGUUACAAUCCGCCCUCUGCCUGGAUUCUGAUAACGCAAUGCUUGGUCUUUGCAGCCGUACCCCUGUACAUGGUGUACAAAGUGACGCGGACCACGGGCUCUCUGCGUCAGCGCGUCAAACAAUGUUUUGCGCCACACGAUUGGCAUCCCGUCGAUGCGGACAAUCGCCGUUUCUACGAGGAGAUAAUGGGCACAUCGGAAAUGUUGGUCAUACUCAACAAUGAGCACGAGAGUUGCUGAUGGAUGGCCUAAUUGAAACAAAAGACUUUAUUUCUCAUAUAAUAAAUAUUAUUAUUAUUAUUAUUAUUGUUAUUUUUGCUGAAAACAACAAAUUAUCAAAAAAAGUGAUAAAGAUAGACCAACAAAAACAAAUGUUUAUAAUUUUAAACGGGGAAUACUCCAAUCAAACACAAACAUAUAUUUGAAAUUUAAUUAUUGAAAUUAUCUACAGUAAUUUCUGUAUAAUUGAUAAAUUGGCAGCAAAGAAAAAAGAAACAAGUCAACCCCCUCAGAGACCUUGAAAAUUUUGUCAAAUCACUGCAACAAUAAAUUAUCCCCGGGGUCUCUUAAGUGGAAAUAACUGUGUAGGAAUGUAUGUUUUUAUAGUUAUUGUAUAUUUAAUAAUUUUAUAUUCGAUCUUUUUUUAUAAGAACCCAUACGCCUGUAUAUAUAUAUUUAUAAAUAGUUAAUUAUUUAAUAAGUGAUAAUGAAAUUAUUUAAAUACGAAAUUAAAUACAUUUUAAUAGAGAAAUUAAAAAAAA